AUGGAUAGUGGGUUUGGGGAAUCUACAAGCAGGCAACCCCCAAGCCCUUCUUCGUGCUCGACCAACAACAAUAGUGAUGCUGCUGGCAAUUUCGAGUGCAACAUAUGUUUCGACCUGGCCCAGGACCCGAUCGUGACCCUUUGCGGCCACCUCUUCUGCUGGCCUUGCCUCUACAAGUGGCUCCGGAUCCACUCCCGCUCCCAAGAGUGCCCUGUCUGCAAGGCCCUCAUAGAAGAGGAGAAGUUGGUCCCUUUGUACGGCCGUGGAAAGAGCUCCACCGACCCCCGCUCCCGAUCGGUCCCCGGCAUGGAGAUUCCCCACCGGCCCAUGGGCCAGAGGCCCGAGACUGCCCCCCGGCCCGAUUCUGUCCCGAACCCGUUUGGGCAGGAGCAGGGGUUUGGGUUCAUGGGUGGGUUUGGCCCGUUUGGUGGCUUCGGGCCCAUGGCUACGACCCGGUUCGGGAAUUUUGCGCUGUCGGCUGGGCUGGGGGGCCUGUUCCCCUCGUUUUUCAACAUUCAGGUUCAUGGGUUCCCGAACGCUAACUUGUAUGGGGCGGGCCCGGGCUUCCCUUAUGGGUAUCCAAAUGGGUUUCAUGGCGGGCCCGCGCAGGGUUAUGCAGCGCAACGUGGGAACAACCAGCAGCAGCAUCAGGCUGACUCGACUCUGAAGCUUCUGUUCAUGGUGAUUGGUUUGAGUGUUCUCCUGACUUUAAUUUGGAGUUGA